GCCCUCAGGUCCCCGGGGCUGCCCGCAGCGAUGCCUGACGCAGCGCCUACCUCCUUUCCCUCCUCUCCGCCCGCUGCCGGGCCUCUUUCCUAACGAGACGCCUUCACACGUCGUCUUCGUCCCCUCAGGCGGCCAUGCUGAGGUGUCAGCUCCAAGAAGGAGUGGGACGAGCGGCCCGGCAGCGUGCGAGCGGCCCGGCAGGGGAGGCGGAAGAGCGGCCGGCAGGAUGGGCUGACGUGGCCCUAGAGCCCGCUGGCGGCGCAUGUGCGCUGCCGCUCGGUGCCAUGGCGGAGCAGGGGGAGGGAGAGGAGGCGAGCGGCCCGUCUGUGCUAUUCCUGCAUCCGGACCUGGGACUGGGCGGCGCGGAGCGGCUGGUGGUGGACGCGGCGCUGGCGCUGAAGGCUCGGGGCUGCCAAGUGCAGGUGUGGACGGCGCACUACGAUCCCGGGCGCUGCUUUGCCGAGACGCGGCAGCUGGCGGUGCACCGCGCCGGGGCCUGGCUGCCGCGCAGCUUCUGGGGCCGCGGGCACGCGGUGUGCGCCGCGCUGCGCAUGGUCUUCGUGGCGCUCUACGUCCUGCUGCUCAGCGGGCAGCACGCCGAUGCCUUUAUCUGCGAUCAGGUGUCCGCUUGCAUUCCGAUACUCAGGCUGGCCAGAACACGGAAGAAGGUUUUGUUUUACUGUCACUUUCCUGAUCAGCUCCUUACCAAGAGAGAAUCUUUUCUAAAGCGCCUCUACAGAAUGCCACUGGAUUGGCUGGAAGAGUACACCACUGGCAUGGCAGACUGCAUCGUUGUGAACAGCAAAUUCACUGCCAGUGUGUUCAAGGAGACAUUUAAAUCCUUGUCUCACAUAAACCCAGAUGUCCUUUAUCCAUCUCUCAACACCAGUAGCUUUGAGACAGUGGUUCCUGUGGACAUAGUUGACUUGAUUCCCAAAAAGAGCAAGUUCUUGUUUCUAUCUAUUAAUAGGUACGAAAGAAAAAAGAACCUCGCGUUGGCUCUUGAAGCUUUGCAUGAGCUUCGAGGAAGACUUGAUUCUCAUCAGUGGAGUGAAGUUCACUUGGUUAUGGCAGGUGGCUAUGAUAAACGAGUUCUGGAAAAUGUGGAGCAUUAUGAAGAACUAAGGAAAAUUGCAACUGAGCUUAACGUUAGUGACCAUGUCACUUUUGUGAGAUCAUUCACAGAUGAACAAAAAAUCUCUCUUCUUAGUAACUGUGUGUGUGUGCUGUACACACCAAGUAACGAACACUUUGGCAUUGUUCCUCUGGAGGCAAUGUACAUGAGACGUCCAGUUAUAGCAGUUAAUUCGGGUGGUCCUUUAGAAUCAAUUUUGAAUAACGUUACAGGAUUCUUGUGUGAUCCUCUGCCAACACAAUUCUCUGAGGCCAUGGAAAAAAUCGUGAGAGAUCCUCUCUUGAAGGACUCAAUGGGAGCAGCUGGGAGAGUCAGAUUUAUGGAAAAAUUUUCCUCAGAAGCAUUCUCAGAACAACUGUAUCAAUACAUAUGCAGACUAACACAAUAAAAUUGUAUUUUUUUAAUUA